CUCUCACACACAAACACACACACACACACUCACUCGCAGAUACAUAUGUAUGAAUAUAUAUUUCUUUCAAGGCCAAAUACAAGACACCCACUUUCUUUUUCUCUGAAGUGGAAUGGCUCUUGUGAAUAGACUUCCUUCUCUCACUUCUUCAACAACCCCACAGAGAAAACCCAAUGCUUUUCGCUUCAACCCAGUUUUUUCCAUACAUUACACAUCACAUUCAACCUCACCCUUCACCGAAAAACACUCGAUUGAACGCUACCAAAGAGACCAGUGGCUAUACCACAACCAGUUGGACCGAGUUUCUUCCUGUCCGGUCCCGCCUGAUCCCAACUUGAUCAGAGACUAUGACAUCUCUGUGCAACUUCCAGAGCUGAAGAAACUGCUUCAGGUAUUGAGAGAGAAGAGAGAGUGCGGGGGUGAUGGAGAUAGCGGAGGGAGAGGGCCUGGAAAUGUGUUCCUGGUGGGUACAGGACCCGGGGACCCAGAGCUGUUGACACUCAAGGCCUUGCGAGUGAUUGAAAGUGCUGAUCUUUUAUUGUAUGAUCGGUUGGUGUCCACUGAUGUGUUGAAUUUGGUGGGUCCCGAUGCUAGGCUUCUCUAUGUUGGCAAGACUGCUGGGUAUCAUAGCCGAACCCAGGUGGAGAUUCAUGAAUUGCUUUUGAGUUUUGCUGAAGCUGGGGCCACUGUUGUGAGACUGAAAGGAGGUGAUCCACUGGUAUUUGGAAGGGGCGGAGAGGAGAUGGAUUUUCUGCAACAACAAGGGAUUCAUGUGAAAGUGAUUCCAGGUAUCACUGCUGCUUCUGGAAUAGCAGCGGAGCUGGGGAUUCCAUUGACUCACCGUGGUGUCUCAAAUAGUGUCAGAUUUCUUACCGGACACUCUAGGAAUGGAGGAGCAGAUCCUCUUUUCAUAGCAGAGAAUGCAGCUGAUGCCGAUUCAACCUUGGUUGUAUAUAUGGGCUUGUCAACACUGCCAUCUCUUGCUCUAAAGUUGAUACAUCAUGGUUUGCCUCCCGAUACACCAGCUGCUGCGGUUGAGCGAGGGACAACACCUCAACAACGCAUGGUGCUUGCAGAACUGAAGGAUCUUGGCGAUAGAAUUACAUCAGCCGAGUUAGUGUCACCAACUCUGAUAAUUAUUGGGAAGGUUGUUGCUCUUUCACCAUUGUGGCCUCAUUCCUCUAAAGAGACAUCAACCUUAGUGGAGGCUCAAUAG